CCAUGUGCUGCUUGCUUCUCGCCCCUGCACAUGAAUGGUUCACCCACACUCACUCCCUGCCCCCCGGACCGGAUACUCCACAUCUUGCUCCACUUCCGCUCCACAGCCAUGCUCCUGCAUGGUUCUGGAUCCAUGGGCGGUGGCCCCUCUGGUCACGCGCACACGUCUAUCCUUGCCAUCGCACGUUUAUCCAGCGGAAUAAGGGAACCCCCAAGCACAUGCCAUCGCACUUGCUCUGUGACAUACGGGCCUUCCAGAACGAGUGCAGUUCUCGCUCGCCCUCCCCUUCUCCCUAUUCCAUCCCAGGCUAGCCUCUUUCCAGACUUGCCCCCCUCGCCUGAAUCUCGGCAUUGCCAAGCCCAAUUUCGCGUCAAUUCUGUGCCGCACCACACAGAACCGUACUGAACUGUUCCGCGUUACAAUUGCACUGCACUGUAAUGCGCUAGUCUGGGAGAAGUUGGUCUGGGAAGAGGCUGAAUGAACACGCACUAACCAUGUCCUCCCCUAAACCAACAGCUACAGCUACUGAAGCAAAUACGCAGUGUUCUUGUCUUACAUUUGAACAGCCGAGACCUUCCGUGUUCUCUGAUACGACGAUUAUAUUCCGUUUUUGCUCAGCACCCCUUAGCAUCAGGCGCCUUCGAAUGGCGGGCAUUGGCCCGGAGAAUUGCCCUGGCCCGCCGCGUCCCGUUAGGGUUUCUGGCUGUAGCGCGUCGCGGAGCAAGAGGACCUGUCGCCUCGGAGAUACCUAGGACCUCGCAAACCCCAUAGAUCAUGGAUCCCCGGUCUCCAGGUUUCUGUCUAACGGCUCAGGUCGAUCGGCUUUGAAAGGGGUUCCAGCGGGUUUCAGGUGCUCUCGAGUUCUGGACGGCAGCGAUCGCGUCAAUCUCUAGGGCGACACUUUAGACGCUACAGCAGAUCAGCUGAGGCCGGCAGCCCAGUGCCAGGCUAGCGCCAAGCUUUAGCGCGGACUUUGCGGCGAUUUAGUCCGCGCGCGCUAAACCUCCGGCGGCGUCGGUCGCGUCACCGCGGAUACAGCGGCGAUUCAGUAGUCCCCGCGCUAAACCUUUCGCCGGCGGCAUUAGCGGUAGCGCGAAUGGCGGCGCUACAGGAGGUGGUGGUGGCGGCGGCGUCCGUGGAUUCGCCCGUGUGCGUCUGGGACCUCACCACCGGGUCGCUCCUCGCGUCGCUCGUGUCGUCCGCGUCACAGCGGCGCGGGCUCUGCGCAAUGGGAAGGGACCACGUGGCGGUGUCGCAGCUGACGCGCGGGGAAUCCAAGGCGGGCGCAGUGAACGUGUGGUCGUGGCGGAAGUCGGCGGUGGCGGUGCGCAGCCCUACGUCGGAGGCCAUAGGGCCGCUGGCGGCGACCGCGGACGGCGUGUACCUGUGCGGGGGCGGGGUUUCGGGGAGGGUUUACGUUUGGGAAGCGGCGACGGGGCGGCUGCUGCGCGUGUGGGCGGCGCACUACCGCGCGGUGACGUGUCUCGCGCUGUCGGAUGACGAUGCGCUGCUGGUGUCGGCGGGGGAGGACAGCAUUAUCCACGUUACGCCCCUCGUGCGCAAGGGCGGGGCGGGGGGAGCGGAGGGGUCAGCGGGCGUGCAGCCUAUGUACACGUGGCAGCAGCACCAACAGUCCAUCACGGCGCUGUGGAUGGCAGCGGGCGGGGUCAACUCCGUGCUCGUCUCGUCGUCCUCCGACCACUCAUGCAAGAUCUGGAGUCUGGCGAUGGGCGCAUUACUCCGGUCGUACGUGUUUCCAGUGGCCAUCACAGCAGCAGCCAUGGAUCCUGGCGAGUACACGCUGUACGCGGGGGGCGCGGACGGCAACAUCUACCUGACGGCGCUCAACUUCACAGCUGUGCAUGGCACCGCCAUGGACCCCAUGGCACAUGACGACGCGCUCGUCGGCCACAGUCACAGCAUCACGGCGCUGGAGUUCAGUGCGGACGCGGUGUCGCUGGUGUCAGCAUCAGAGGACUGCACUGUGCGCGUGUGGGACACCGUCACCAGGCAGCUUCUCAGAACCUUCACCAACUGCAAGGGCCCUGUCUCGUGUUUGCUGGUCCUCCCCAAGCCCCCCACGCUCUUCCCCUCCGCUGACAUCUCCCGCUCCUCCGCCCCUGCCUCUGCGCGCAAGCCCGCCGCACUCCCCCCCAUGCCCCUGCACAAAUACGCCAACGCUGCCGCCACGGGCCUUUCCGGCUCGGAGCCAUGGGAGGAGGCGCCUCUGCUGCUGCCGAGCGUGGCGGGGGGAGGCGGAGGGGGAGUAGGGGGGGCGGGGGGAGUGGGUGCGGGGCUGGUGCCUGUUCCGGGGAGUGUUGGCGGGGAGAGGGAGGGCGAGGAGUGGGGAGGAGUGGACGGGUGCUAUAGCAGCGAGGUGCUGGGACGGACAGUGGUUGAGACCAAGGAGGACCAAUCACUGGUGGCUCUCCAACUGCAGAACGCGCGCCUCCUGAGCAACCUGCAGCGCGCCAACGAGGGCUUGAGGCAGAUGUACCGCCUGGCCGUGUCGGAAACCAUGGUGGACCACCUGGGCAUGGGCAUGGGGCUGGAGGGGGCGGGCGGGGGUGCUGGUGCCAGUGGGGGGGCCGAUCUGGAGCGCAGCAAGCGUAAGAGAAGCGCGCCCGUGCUGUGAUGUGGGGAGGGAAGAGGGGGGGUCUGAGGCGAAGCAAGAGAAGCGCUCUGGUUCUGUGACUGUGGCUGUGACUGGUGUGUGAGAAGUGAGCACCUAGAUGUACUGCCUGGUGGUGUCGGAAACCAUGGUGGACCACCUGGGCAUGGGGCUGGAGGGAGGGGGCGGGGGUGCGAGCGGGGGGAGUGAGCUGGAGCGCAGCAAGCGCAAGAGAAGCGCGCCCGUGCUGUGACCGGUGCAGGGCAAAAGGGAACUUGGGGGGAAGUUGGGGGUGAGCAAGGUAGGAACUGGGGGGUAGCGGAAAUAGGGUUAAGGAUCCAGAGGCAGGGAGGGAGGGACAUGGGGAGGGGAGAACGAGGGAGAGGGAGAGGUAGAGGGGGAGUAGUGAGGGGAUGGGAGGCAGGGCACUGGAGUGAGAGGGGAGGCAGUGAGGGAGAACGGAUUGCAGUUUGGCCACAGGCUGAGGGAAAGCUCUGUGGAGAUCGAUGGUUGGGAGUGCCAAGGAUGAAGGUGUGGUAAGGGCAAGAAGGGGGGUGUGGCCUCCCAGCAGCCACUGUGUUUGGUGUGACUCGGCUCCUGCACAGAAGUGAACUAAAGUCGAGCGAGGGCGUAUUCCUUCGCGCCUGGAUAAAGGUUGGACCAGACUCGGGGGCAGGCCCCAUGAUUGGUUUUAGGGCACCCUGAUUGCUGAGUGUCAUGUUCCAAAAAAAAACUUUCCAUCAGCCUCCUCAAGAAAUUUUACGCUGAUUCACCAGUGUUGCCAAGCCAAAAUUCGCUUUUCCAUCAGGGUCGUGUCGUGUACGAAAGAAACGCUGAUUUUGCAA